AUGGCAGAAUAUCGAAGGCAGGAAAUAGCUCAGUUAGGUGGUGAUUCAGGUUUCCGAUCUUAUCGAAGAGUAACCGAAUUGACUAGUCCUAAAGUCUGUAAGUCAUUCAUUAUUGGUAGUUGUCCUCAUGAUUUAUUUGUUGGUACCAAACAAGAUUUAGGUAAAUGUCCACAAUUGCAUUUAGAGAAACAUAAGUUGGAAUAUAAUUUAAGAACCAAGAAAGGUGAAAAGUUCCCUGAUUUCGAAUAUGAAUAUUACCAAGUUCUUAAAUCAUAUAUUGAAGAAAUAGAUAGAAUCAUUGAAAGUUCAAACAAACGAUUAGAUCAUACACCUGAAGACAAGGAGAAGAUUGAACAAGUAACACAAGAUUUGGAGAAAUUGGACACCAAGAUAAGUAUUAUACAACAAGAAAUUAAUUGCCUAUUAGAGGCCGGUAAACCUAUUGCUUCUUUAAACCAUUCCAAAGAAUUGAAUACACUCAUAAAGCUUAGAGAAGUUGAAGGUGAGAAGGUAAGAAGUAUCAUCGAAAACAUCGGACAAAGUUCCCAACAGAAAUUACAAGCAUGUGACCAAUGUGGAGCUUUCUUAUCAAGACUUGAUAGUGAUAGAAGAUUGGCUGAUCAUUUUGUGGGGAAAAUCCAUUUGGGGUACGUUAAGAUGAGAUCUGAUUAUAUGGGAUUGAAAGAGAAGUAUGAGGGAGGUGUGUAA